UGUGCUCAGAGGUUUGGUUGUUUCUCUUACCGUGAAGAUGCUGGUAUCACGCUGCUCAUAUGCCAUCAGGCUGUACUCUACGAAAGUUCUGAACUUGCCUAAAGCUGGGUCCCUUGAGGGCUACAAGUCGUACAUUCAACAGCCUCAUCUUCAAUCGAACCCACAACUGGUAUCAAAGCUUUUUGAGCAGGUCUAUAGGGACACCCAUCUGAGCGAUGAAGAUAAGGGCCAGCUACACAACGAAGUUCUGUCGAAAUUACUGCCCUUUGACGCAAGUUUGACCACCCAUGCGAGAUCCCUGGAGAAACUGGGACAACAGAUGAGCCCGGAGGCUUUGGAACAGGUCAUUGUGAAUAACAAAGGCCGUGUAGAUUCCAGCUGGGACAUCUUUGAAAAAUGGUUGCUGAACAACCCGAGAGUAUCAAAUAGUGACAUUCAAGGUGCUUUACAGCAAGUUUUGGCGAAAGUGGUCCAUGGUGAUCCAAGUGAACAUGAAGAUGGCUAUUCCAUGAACGAGGAGGCUCUCGUGAGAGCAGUCUGGAUUCUGAAGAACCUUGAAAGACAAAUGGACAAAGAGAUCGUGGAGCUAAUCAUAAAAAAGACGAUGGAGGUUGGUGAUUGGUCUUUGAUUCAUGAAUUGGGCAUUAAUUCCUUGGCAGACAUCGAGGCCCUGGACCCUUCAGACGAGCAACUCUUGACCUUAUGGCUUUCAUUACAGUCUACAGAGCUCAGUGAGCAUGAAGUGAAAGCACAUUUGAAACUCAUAGAGAGAAUCUUGACCAUUCUGUCUAAGAAGACAUCAGAGGCUCCAACCAUAAACACUGAAAUGUUUUCAAAGUUGAACAAGAGAUUUCCAAACUUGGCAGUUGAGCAGAGGAUCAUGGAGCAGAAAUCAGUUGAUAAUCUCAUCGAACAAUUAACAACAAUAUUGAACACUGAGACCACUGGAUUGACUCAAUUGAGAACCACAAUGCUUAAAUGCGUUGGAAUGUACUUGGGACAGUUUUCUAAGUCUCUGGAAUUGUACCAUCAUUACAUCGUGAUAGAUGGCCCAUAUGUCGAUGAAUAUAUGACCACAAUGGUUCAGGUGGCAAGUUAUCAAGGCGUGAAGAACAACUCUCAGGUCUUCCUGGCUAUUGCAGACUCGUUGACUCCACAACCUGUUCCCUUGAAAUGCCUGAGGGUGAAGAUCUUGGCCAAGGCACUCUUCAACGUUGAUGAUUCCCUUGAUAUCUAUAAUGAAUAUAUUCAGCAAUGCUCUAAAGAGAACAAUGACUCUGGUGUUUCACAAGCUGGAUUACUCACGGAAAGUCUCCUUUUAGCAUAUCUCUGUAACGAGCAGAGAGAGUUUGCCUACGUUAUCAGGGAAGGAGCUAUAGCGAACGGGUUGAUACAGGGAGUAACAGCCCAGAAUCGUUUAAAGAGAUAUCUAAAGACCUAUGGUGAUAUCAUUGAGCAAGAGGGAGAUCAUGGAGAACUGUUCAAGAGGGAAAUACUAUCUGAAUUGGAAGAAUUGUAGCCUCAUCAUGUGUAUAUAGUGUUGUACUUUUACAGAAUUAUACCUAGUUAUUCAUCA